GAGAGAGAGAGAGAGAGAGAGAUGAGUUGCAAUGGAUGUCGAGUUCUACGGAAGGGAUGCAGUGAGAACUGUAUACUUCGCCCAUGUUUGCAGUGGAUCGACACCGCUGAAGCUCAAGGUCACGCCACCGUCUUCGUAGCCAAGUUCUUCGGUCGUGCCGGUCUUAUGUCUUUCAUCUCCGGCGUCCCCGAAAACCAAAGACCUGCUCUGUUUCAGUCGCUUUUGUUUGAAGCCGCCGGACGAACGGUGAAUCCGGUUAACGGAGUCGUGGGGCUUCUGUGGACGGGCAACUGGCACAUGUGCCAGGCGGCGGUGGAGACCGUCCUCCGUGGCGGUUCUUUGCAGCCGAUCCCGGAGAUUCCUUUUGAAAAUCCGAUGAAAAUAGAACUGGAUGAGACCUCCGAAGUGUGUACCGACAUGUUUAAGAUUCAAGACCCGAACCUGAAAUCGAGAUCAAUGGUGAAAAAGCGUCGUCGUUCAGAUGAACCCAAAAAAGUGAGGCAGUUUGCCGAUCUUGAUCUCAGCUUAACGCCUGGUUUUCCGGCAAAAGGAUCAAGUGUUUUGCUGGAGAAACGGCGAUCGGGGACUCCGUCGAUGAAUUCUGAAGAAUCUGUGACGACGGCUUGUUGUGAAAGCGGUUUUGGAGAUCAUCAUGACGUAGAAGAAGGAAAACUAAAACUUCUUAACUUGUUUAAUUAGUUUAAUUUCUCUCAUAUAGUAUUGUUAUUAAUUUUGAUCUUCUAUUUUUUUCCUUGUUGGGAAGAGUUUACCCAACAAAAUUUCUGUCACCGGAACAAGAUUUCUCUCACCGGAGGGAAAAAUGAAAGUUCUCUGGUGAUUCAUUGUUCUUCUUUUUGUACUUUUUUUUUGGGUUCUAGAAUUACUGUUUGAGGUGAAUAAAGUAAACUACUCACUGUUUCCUUCUU